AUGCAGCGGCAGAACACUCGGACUUGCGGCGCUCUCCUCAUCCGGCUAUCUUCGCUGGCACUCGUAGUUUCUGCGGCCUCAUCUACUGACCAAUGUAAAUAUUGCGCAUUCGUUGUUGAAACAUUCAAAGCGGGUAUGAAAAGAACGGAGAAGCAGCACUUCGCAGGUGGCAACACCGACUGGGAGGAAAGAAACUUGGGCAAGUUCGCUAAAAGUGAAACAAGACUCGUUGAAAUAAUGGAGCAUUUGUGCAAAAAAGACUACUUGGACGAUUCAGGGGCGGAAUUCACUGGUAUCAAGGAUCUCGAAUUUAAGUGCCAGCAGUUAGCUGAGGAACAUGAGGAGAGCGUCGAAAACUGGUACUUCCACAAGCAGUUAUCGAAUCCUGACUUCCGGAAAUGGCUCUGCUACGAGAAAUUGCGACUGUGCUGCGAUGCGGGACAUUAUGGUGCCGAGUGUAAACCUUGCCCUGGUGUUGACAGAGGUCUUCCAGCCUGCUCCAAUCAUGGAUCGUGCCAGGGUGACGGUUCUCGGGGAGGAACUGGACUUUGUAGUUGUCAUAAAGGAUACGUUGGCUUUAUGUGCAGCAAUUGCGAUGCGAACUAUUAUGCCGUCCAGAAUGGUUCUACCCUAACCUGCCAUGCAUGUCAUGAGUCGUGUCGUGGUGGUUGCUCCGGUGAUGGGCCGAAGAACUGCAAAGAUUGCAGUGCUGGUUGGCUGAUGAACGACAGCCAUGAAUGUGAAGGUCUGGAAAUCCCAGAACAGUCCUCUGGGACUGUUUUAUUAGAUGUGGACGAAUGCCUUGAGGAGGGACGAUGCGGCGGUGAGCAUUCAAAGUGCAUCAAUACGGAAGGCUCGUACGAAUGUACAUGUGAAGAAGGCUUCGUCAAGAACUCCAAUGGCGCUUGUGACAUUGAUGUUCGAGGUAAAUUUCAUUUCGUGCUGCAUUAG